AUGGGAGCUAGUAGAAGUCAACAACAUCCUCAACAACCACAACAAUAUGAAAUAUCUGAUAAUAUACAGAUACCAACAUCUAAUACUUUAAUACAAUACUAUGAUCAACAAAAUAAUACACUAGGACCGACAAGACAGUAUACAUUUCCAGUACCACGAAAAAAUUCUUCUCAUACACUCAUACUACAUCAAAAUGAGCAUGAGAAUAACGCACUUGAGGGUCAAAGUUUGAUACGGCCUGCGGAGCCGAUUAUUAUAAGUAAUGAAAUGCCUCAGCAACUGAUAAGAGAAAGGCAAAUUGGAGGCAUUGGCAGGGGACCUUUAAAUGUAGACAACGAUACAGACAGAUAUAGAAAAAGAAAAAAUAUUUUGGAUGAUGAAAGAAGUCCAAGAGUUUCGGAUACAGCACGAAUACAAAUGGUCAAUCGACGAUCCCCUCGCAAUCGAAAAGUAGAUGAAAUUCAUGAAUAUAAAACUCAACGAUCAAUGCUACAAAAUGUCCAAGAUAUGGAAGAUCGAAUAUUCCAUGAUUCACGUAAAACACAGAAACUUGCCAAUAAUUUGAAACAACGUUCAUCUGUUUAUACCGAGAUUAUGAUGGAAUAUGAAAAAUUACAAGCACAAGAACGAGCUCUUUUGAGAGAUAUGUUUACUCUACAAUCACAGCCAUCAACAGGUGACAAUGAUGGUGAAACUGAUGAGCAUCAGAAAGAACAAUUAAGAAGUUUGCAACGAAAAAAUGCUGAACUAGAAAAAGAAAGACGAAUUAUUCAAGAAAAACUGGAAGAAUUGAUUUCCACAAAUCGGUCAAACGGUCCAUUAUCAACACAUCAUACUCCUUACAGACUUUUACGAGAAUUACAAGAUCAAGAAAAUUUAAAUGAAAAUGCAUUAAACUCUCUGAGAACGAAAAUUUAUACGGAUAGACCUUUAUCUCCUGCACAAAUGACUUCUUUACCAAUGUUAUACGGUGCCAAUAAGAGAUACUCUCGUUUGAGAGAAAAUUUUGGCGACGAUAUAAGAGCAUUUCGGAAUGAUUAUUUGAAAACUGGUGGACAUAAUUCAGCAUUUCUGGCACAUUACACUGAUCUUGAAUAUAAAAUUAGAACAUUUGAAAACAGCGAUUGGAUGAGAGAUAAUCCAGAACCACUCACACCAUACAGGCAUCGUUAUACGGAUGAAAUGGAUGAUCGAUUGAGACGAUUCAAUGCUGAAAAUAAACGGUUACAAAACGAUAUUAAUUUAUUACAGAAAAAAUUUCGAAACUUGAAUACAAAUAUACAUACUCAUUCUCAUGAAUAUUCAUUCCGUGAACCAGUAACACCGUAUGUUUCAAAAGAUCAUAUCCACCAUCAUCAUCAUCACUACACCAGAAACCCUGUAUCAUUGCCUUUAAUAUCGCCUCGAUCAUCAUCGUACGAUGACCACUACUAUCAUGAUCCUAGACCACCUACAACAACAAAUAUACGAACAGAACAACCAUUACAUUUAGAGCAAGAUUCGCAAUUUAAAACUCGAACAGCAAUUCGUGCUAGCCCGGGGAUGAGUUUACUUUUAUCGAAUAUGAACAAAUUAAAAGAUCCUUUAGAACCAUCGCCGUACGAUCCCGUUGGAGGUUUUGUAAUCUUCUUCGAUUUUAUUUUGAACCUGGAUCCAUCUGUUGAAUUAUGUCGACUUGUUACAUGUUUACAUCAUCCAAAAUCUGGACUCGGUGAACCAUCACAGUUACAAUCAUUUACAUGCGAUCCAUUCAUCGAUCAGAAUGGUCAAAAAAUGAGUGUUGUUCUAAUUGCUACAAAACAGCCUGUUCCACGUUGUCCACCACAACAAGCCUUAACCAUUAUUAUCGAAGUUCAAACAUCCAAUCAAAAAUCGGAUAAUGCUCCGUUACAAACAAAAUCAUGGACAAAGAUUCCUUUAUUUGAUCAUAAAAAUCGAUUACUCAGUGGACGUUGGAAAGUACCGCUGAGAAGUUUGCCAAUACUCUAUGAUGCAACUUUAGGAAUUAUUAAUACAUUUCCUACCGCUGGAACGAUGGAAUUACAUUAUCGACUGGUGAACUAUAAGGAUGCGGAUGAACAAACAAAUGCUCCGUUAUCUCCUACGUUCAAAGAUCUAUAUGCUUAUGUUCCUCAGAGUGAAGAUGACAGUCAAGAAUAUGUUCAUUUACCUAACACCGUGAAAUCCUGA